UACGCCAGCGCGGGUGUGCCUGCCUCGAAUCCAAGCCCGCCGAUUCUUUUGGCGGUUUGGCCAUGUCUGGGGCCACCUCCCGCUGACACUCGACUCCAACGCUCCUCUAUCCCAUCGCUAUUCUUCCGACACCACCGACUCGUCGCCCGCCGCUGGCCAUGAGGGAGCCCUUCUCCUCGCUGCUGGCGUCGCGGGCUGGCAAGCUCGCACUUUCGCUACUUCUCGCAUCACCCCGACUAAUACCAGGAACGCGCGCGUUCAACUUCCCAUCCAUACCCUCCCCUAAUCUCAACCUCGACGACCUCGGCCGCGUGGCCUUUGCCGGCGACUUCGACUCAAUAUCGCUGUACCAGUUCGAGGGCCAGACUGAACAGCCCUCCGGCCUCAAUGGCGCCCUCCUAUCGCGAUUCCCGAAUGGCGUGUUUACCGCCAUACAGGAUACGGAUGGCGACGUCAAGGCCAUGUGCGCCUACCAGAGCGGCGGUAGUCUCAAGGGCAUUGUGUUUGGCGGAAACUUUACGAGCGUUGAUGGUCAGCACACGCCCGGUGGCAUCGCAAUGCUCAACCCGAGCGACGGCACCGUGAGCCCAGUAGAAGGAUUGAACGGAUCCGUCAGCGCAUUGCUCUGCGAUCCGGAUCGGGGCCAGGUCUACAUCGGAGGCUCCUUCAGUGGCGGUAAUUCAUCCAACGCCAUCAUCUGGAAAGACGCUUGGAACAACAUGCCCUUCCAGGGUUUCAACGGACCCGUGCACUCUAUCAUCCGAGCGCCGAAUGACAAGAUCGUAUUUGGCGGAGAGUUCAACGGCAUAGGCGGCAAUUCGAGCGGCAGAGCCGAGAAUAACACUCAGGUGCUACCCGUUGGAUCUGCUAACAUCACGGCGCAAACCAGCUCUGGACGGCCUGGCCUAACUGAUCCUAAGAGUAUCGUCUGCAAGGCAGAUCCGGACACCGAAGGCACCGGUGCUACAUGGCUGCUGGCCGAUAAUACUGCCGGCUUCUGGCGAGCCGACUUCGGCUUCGGAUUCAAUCCAACAAAACUGCGACUACAUAACACCAAGUUUGAAGGCCGCGGCACAAAGACCUGGCGCUACACCGCGCUUCCCCUUGGCGGCAUUAUGAACUUUACCUAUGUCGACCCCUCCACUGGACAACAGGCCUUUUGCGACGCUCGAUGCCCGUUGCCGGAGGGCAACACUACUGCUCAGGAGUUCUUCUUCGUCAACACUGUCGGCAUGAAUGCCUUCAAAAUUGAUAUCUCCGACUGGUAUGGAGCCGGGGGUGGUCUCAAUGGCAUCGAGCUCUCGCAAACUGAUAUCUACACGUAUGCCAUCAGUGACUUCAAUGAGCCAACGUGCGGAGGAGCCACAACUGGUGCAUCGGCCACUCAGACAGGACCCUGGGUCGUCACACCAUCCCAUGACAGCAAUUCCCAAUACCUCACUGCGACGUUGCAAACGAAUAACAUCCAACCCAAUACAACAAACGUCGUCUUUUUACCCGACAUUAAACAAUCUGGGAACUAUUCGAUCACUGUAUACACCCCAGGGUGCCGCGGUGAUGACACCUGCACGACACGCGGAAGGGUCAACAUGACCGGAUCCAUGUUUCGGUCAACGACUGAGUCGGACACGCCCACCAGCACCGUCCUUUUCCAGACCAACGAGUUCGACAAGUAUGAUGAAAUCUACAAUGGAUAUGUCGACGCAACUGAUGGCUUUCGUCCGUCAAUCACGCUAGCUCCUGUGCCAGGCGAUGCUGGAAGCAACGGCGUUUUGACGAUAGUUGCACAGAGAAUUCGGUUCCAGCUUAAAGUGGCCUCCUCUGGAGAUUUGAAUGGGCUCUUCGAGUACGAUCCAGAGCAGCAAAACGUUCAAGAAACGGACUUCGCCGACUCGGUCAUCGAUGCGGCUGGCGCGAGUCUGAGCCCCCAAGACAACGCAAUUGUCACUUCUCUUGCGGCAUCCAGCGAUAAGCUCUAUGUUGGCGGCAAUUUCUCCUCGAAUGACGGACGGAACAAUAUCUUUUCGAUUAGUCGCGACGCUACCGGCCCAACGACACUGAAAGGAAAUGGUCUCAACAGCCAAGUAAUGACCCUGUUCCAGAAUGGCAGUACCAUCUACGUCGGAGGCAACUUCACGAACACCCAGGACAACGGGAACCCUGGCCUUAACGGCGUGGCCGCCUACGACAACGACAACGAUCAAUGGACAGCCCUUGGUGCGGGUGUGGAUGGCGUUGUGAUGUAUAUCGUGCCUCUCGCUCUGAACAUCACCGGCAAUACGCCAGAGCAAGUUCUUGCGAUCAGCGGUUUCUUCGAUCGUGUCAACGGCUUCGGCAACAAUGCAGCUUUUUCCGCCGAGAACUUUGCAAUUUGGGUACCUUCGCAGAACAAUUGGCUGCACAACUUGAACGCCCAGACAAUAUCGAUUCAGGGUAGCUUGAUGACGUUUGUCGACAUCCCGGGAGCAGAUCGGCUGUUCGCUGGUGCUGUCUCUUCCCAAGCCCUCGGUGCGAGCGGUGCUGCCGCUCUGGCAGACAGCGACGCUCUAUCGCUUGAAGGCUUCGGGGUGAAUAUUCAGGCUCAGCAACAGCAGACGUCGCUGCAAAAGCGAUCAUUGACUGACGAUCAGAACCUGACUACAAUUGGGAUUGUCACUGCUACGUUCUACAAGGAAAAUGACAUGAACAAGACAAUCUUUGCGGGCCACUUCGCGGCAACUGGAUCCGAUGGUCAAAACAUAACCAAUGUUCUUAUCAUUGAUGGAAAGGACUCGGACAAGGUCACUGGAUUUGGCGAAGAGGUGGACGCUAACUCCACGUUCGCGACGCUCGCAGUGCUCGACAAUAUUCUCUAUGCUGGCGGUGUAGCCACUGGGGUUAUCAAUAACAACAGGGUUGCCGGUGUGGUGGCCUAUGAUCUCUCGGCCAACAAGUUCGGGAGCACGCAGCCACUCGCACUUCAAGGAACAAACGUCACCGUCAAUGCCAUUGCUCCCAGGCCGAAGUCGAAGGAUGUCUAUGUCGCUGGAAGAUUCCAAUCUGCUGGCGCUUUGAGCUGCCCCUCGGUUUGCAUCUGGAACACGGAGCGCAACCAGUGGAUCAGUCCGGGCGGUGACCUCUCAGGUGUCGCCACUUCUCUGACGUGGAUCUCAAACACGAAGCUACUCAUUUCAGGAAAUCUGACCACCGGCAGCAAUACGACGAAUGUCUUCCUGUAUGAUUCCAGCAACAGCCAGUUUCAGGCAAUUACCGGCGCUAGCGAUCUUCCCGGUCCGGUAACUGCUCUCUGUCCAGCCAACUCUGACGGUACACAAUUCUGGGCUGCUGGUCAGAGCAGCGACGGAUCCGCGUUCCUUCAGCGAUUCGAUGGCAGCAAGUGGCUUCCUGUCAAUGGCCAGUUUGGCCAGGGCACCGAUAUCCGUGGCAUUCAAGUGCUCCCCCUGUCGAAGAACCACGACAAGUCCGACCUUAUCGAUCAAGACCAGGACCUGCUCCUCCUUGGACAGAUCAACAUUACGAACUUCGGGACGGCGUCUGGAGCUCUCUUUAACGGCACUACACUGGUUCCGUUCCUCCUUUCCACGACGGCGCAGAACACUCCUGGUAGCUUGUCGCAGGUCUUCGUGGAGAACCCCCAGUCCUUCUUUAACGGAGGAGGAAAGCAUCUUGCACUUGGCUUCGUCGUCCUCAUCGCCCUCGCAAUCGCCCUUGCGCUCACUUUCCUGCUUGUCGUCGCCGGUAUCGUCGUCGAAUGGUACCGCAAGAAGUCGCAGGGUUAUUCCCUUGCGCCCACCUCAUACACCGACCGCAUGGGGAACGUGGGCCGCGUGCCUCCGGAACAACUCUUCGGUACGCUCUCCGGGCCACGGGCUCCAGCGAUAUGACCAAGAGCGCGUGACGGCGGAGAUGAAGAUAUACUACGAAAUUUGUACAAAGUCAUCCCAGAUGUGAACGGUAGGAUACCCUAAUGGGACCCACGGCCUGACCACAGUUCGAUGUUGCCUCGUCACACGAUAGGCGGCCAUACCUUCGAUUCUCGUCGAUCCCUUUUGCGAACUUGUUCAUAUGACGGCCUUUCUACCAUGUUAUCCUUUUGCAUGGCUGGCGUUUUCUCUUCUGUCGCCCUGCACGAGGGCCACUUCGAGCGCUCCCUCGUUCAAAAGCAUUG